AUGCAAUUUAUGAACCAGGAGAUCAAAGAGAAUAAGAAUGCGUGCCCUAGCAUUCAUGAAAUGGCUAAUGAAGGAGAUUGGGGCAGAGAGGCGGCUGGGGGUGGCAGUGGUGGCGGCUGUCACGGCGGAGGAGGGAGACACAGUGGCGGUGGCGGCUGGUUAGGGGCAGGGGCUUCGGUAAGGUUAGGGGGAAUGGGGGGAAAGGUUUGGGACGGGGGGUUGAGGGUGGUAGUGGUUGGAGGUGGCGCUGCUGGUGGCGGCGCGGUGGACGGCGAUCGCAGAAGGUGCAGCGGCGAUGGAGGGAGAAGAGGAGAGAGGAGAAGAAGAAAGAGGGGGAAGGAGGAAGGGGGUCGGUAUGGCGGUGGGUUCUGGGUGGUCGGCGGGGCGGUGGUGGACGGUGGUGGUGGCUGGGUGGUGGUUGGGUGGUGGAGAGGAAGAGAGAGGGGAAGGGUUUCGGGAGGGGGGGCGCGACUGACAGGGUUCGCGUGA